CCUCGUUUGCCGCGACAAGUGACACUUCUUCUUCGGUUCUUCCCCUCUCUCUCUUCCUCCAAUGGCGGUCGGUCAUAAGCAAAGAUUUGCAGAGAAAAAAGAACCCAACAAUCCACAAAAACAAAGGGUGUAAUCCAAUAAUAAAGAUCGAAUAAACCCGGCUGGAAUCAUCAUCAUCAUCAUCUUUCAGCUGGCCAUCUGUCAUUUAUCUUCACCUUUGCUGACCCAAUCAAUCCCUUUUAUCAAUCUACACACGGCCGCUUAAUCCGGUACAUUCCCAUUUCUAUUUUGCUCUCAUCUAUUCAUGAUUGACAACUGUUAAGAACGGUGCAAGUUUUUACUUGAAUCUCUCUCUUUUGGCUUUGUAUAGAUUCGUGUCUUUGGGGGAUUGAUUGAUUGAUUGUUUGUUUAGCUGAAAUACGAAUUAAACCCUAGAUUUGUUUUCGUUUGUUUCCUCUUUAAUAUGUAUUGAUUUAUGAAAUUAGAUAUGGCUUUCGAUCCCAAUUCUGUGCCUUUAGAUUUGCAUCAAUUGAAUAUAGUAAGACCAACGAUAAUGCCUGAGGAGACUAGAAAUACUCCCGUUACUGCAUCAGGAAGAAACAUUGAAGGUGGUGGUGGUUAUUAUGUGAACACCUCUCCCGUUUAUUAUUCUCCAACAAUAUCUGAUCCGGGUUUUGUUGGUUUGGGUUAUGGUCUUCAACAAUAUCCUCGCAUACCAUCCAUUGUUCCUGCAAAUGGGUGCAGUCGAAAUGCCACCAGUGAGGACGACUGUGGUGGUGGAGGUGGUGGUGGUGGUGAGGAUUCAGUUUCCUUUUCUGGGCGGAAAGUGAAAUUCUUGUGUAGUUUUGGUGGGAAGGUUCUCCCUAGGCCGAGCGAUGGAAUGCUGAGAUAUGUGGGUGGUCAGACCAGGAUCGUUAGUGUAAGGAGAGAUGUGAAUUUAAGUGAACUUAUUCAGAAGAUGGCUGAUACUUAUGGACAAAGUAGUGUGGUUGUCAAGUAUCAGCUGCCUGAUGAGGAUCUAGAUGCGCUGGUUUCUGUUUCAUGUCCAGAUGAUCUCGAGAACAUGAUGGACGAGUAUGAGAAGUUGGUUGAGAAAUCGAUAGAUGGGUCGGCGAAGCUGAGAGUGUUCUUGUUCUCGCCUUCUGAUCUUGAUUUGGCUGGAAUGGUACAUUUUGGAGAAUUGCAAGAUAAUAGUGGGCACAAGUAUGUUGAAGCGGUUAAUGGAAUUUCUGUUAUUUCCAGAAAGGAGAGUAGUUUAGCUACUGUUUCUUCCACCCAACAUUCUGAUAUGUGUGCCACCGAGGUUAGCCCUGCAAUUCCCCCGGUUUCUCUCGAAUCUGCUCCAAGAAUUGCAUUGCCCACUCAACAACAGGUGGUUAACUUUCAACCAUCCCCGACUUAUUUACAAGCGUACCCUGAUCUACAUACCAGUUACGUACAAAUAGCUCCCAAGUGUUUCCAAACUCAAAUCCUCGGAAAUGUAGCACAGUACAAUGAAAAUCUUGCUUCUGCUCCUGCUCCUGCUUCUGUAGCACAAUACAUGACAAUGAGUCCUGCUUGUUUCAGUGCGAAGCCAAAUAUGGUUCAGUCGUUUUUGCCACCCAAGCAUUACCCCGAUCAAGGUUUCAAUGCUUAUCCUUCGAAUGUUCCUGCAACGGUUGAGUUGCCUACAGUUGUUGCCCCUCAAGGAUGGGUACCUGAGAGAAUCCCUAGUUUUAAGAAUAAUUGCUAUAUGUGUGAAAAAGUGCUGCCUCAUGCCCAUUCCGAGCCAUUGGGACAUGGCUGCAAGGAAAGUCCUACGAACGUGGGCCCAGUCUAUCACACCGUUCAAUCAGAGGAUGUUAUGUGGGGACAUGUCAAGAACAAGCCACUGGCUGUUUCUGCUGCUAGUCCGCAUGGGGAAGGCCUCAUUGACCAACCAAGGGGUUUUGGUCUUACAGAUCGUGAAUUCAAGCCUCUUCUAGGCGAAGCAGGACAGUUUCCAUAUGGUGCUGCUGUUUCAGGCACAGCUAAGCCUGACUACUUGAUUUACAGACCAGUUAACAGCGACAUUCGUCAAACUGAAGAUCCGUUGUUUCCUAAAGAAGAAGAUAUUACAGAAACUUAUAAUGCCAUUAGAGAAUUGGGUGGAAGAAUGGAAAACAUCAGAGUAUGCCCGUCUGAAGUUACUGUUAAUAAAGACGAGCAAAAAUUAUCUCCCGAGAGUUUCUUGCAAUCUUCCACCACAAGUGAGAUAUUCUGGAAUAACUUCUACCAACCGGAAUCCACUAAGCAGCAAACUCCGCAGGACACUGUUCCUGGAUUGUAUCAACAAUCAAAUUUGGAACAGGAUUCUAACCAUAAUACUAAAUUUUCGCCUCUGGUUGAGCAAACAAUGGAUCCUUUAGAACAGUUUAAAGGUGCUGAUGGGGAUACCUCCUCCAAUUCUCUUUUUAGCAACCAGGAUCCUUGGAAUAUGUGUUACGAUACUCAUUUCCCACCGCCUAAACCUAGUAACGUCGUUUAUAUAAGGAACGAACAAGGAUCAGCUGGGGAACAACAGAUCAAGCAAGAACUUCAGGCCGUCGCUGAAGGUGUAGCUGCUUCUGUUCUUCAGGCAUCAACAAUUAUCCAUAGGAAUCCUUCAAACCUUGAUAUAACCAGUCAAGGUGCAGUUGAUCUUCUUAUAGAUCCAUAUCAAGACGAAAAGGUUCACAACAGUGGCCUAGUAGAAAUACAUCACAAGGGAAAUUCUGAGGAGAAGAAAGAAAAACUUGCGGAAAGGGUUAAUUGUGGAUUCCCUGUGUCUGAUGGCAUUGGUCGCUUGCAGAUAAUAAAGAACAGUGAUCUUGAGGAGCUUAAAGAAUUGGGUUCUGGAACAUUUGGUACAGUCUAUCAUGGAAAGUGGAGAGGUACAGAUGUUGCAAUUAAACGGAUUAACGAAAGGUGCUUUGCAGGAAAAGCUUCGGAAGAACAACGAAUGAGAGAUGAUUUCUGGAACGAGGCGAUCAAACUUGCUGAUUUGCACCAUCCGAAUGUAGUGGCUUUCUAUGGUGUUGUCCUUGACGGGCCUGGAGGUUCUGUGGCAACAGUGACGGAGUAUAUGGUGAACGGUUCACUUAGAAAUGCUCUACCCAAGAAUGAAAAGACUCUGGACAGGCGCAAGCGACUACUGAUUGCUAUGGAUGUGGCUUUUGGAAUGGAAUACUUGCAUGGAAAAAACAUAGUGCAUUUUGAUUUGAAAAGUGACAACUUGCUUGUUAAUCUACGUGAUCCUUAUCGCCCAAUAUGCAAGGUUGGUGAUCUUGGACUAUCAAAGGUGAAGUGUCAGACACUAAUAUCAGGUGGGGUACGAGGAACACUACCUUGGAUGGCUCCUGAGCUUAUGAAUGGGAGCAGUAAUCUUGUUUCUGAAAAGGUUGAUGUGUUCUCGUUUGCCAUUGUGAUGUGGGAGCUCCUAACUGGGGAAGAACCAUACGCAGACUUGCAUUAUGGAGCUAUUAUUGGAGGAAUUUUGAGCAACACAUUGCGACCGGCUGUGCCAGAAUCGUGUGACUUGGAGUGGCGGUGGCUGAUGGAGAGGUGCUGGUCGGCCGAGCCAUCUGAGAGGCCGAGCUUUACUGACAUUGCUAAUGAGCUGCGGUCCAUGAACCCUAAGGGGGCUAAUCCUGCUAAACCACAAAAUCAGGCACCUCUGCUAUAAAAGUUAUAAACUGAAUCUCCUCCAACACAUAAUACUCCAUUUUCUCAUGUUUUUGUUACAUACCACUUGUAAACAGGGGAAUAAUUUGUAUCAAAUGAAUAGUAAGGAAUGAGAUUUCUUUUUAAUUUA